AUGGAAAUUUCAGAUUUUAUCGAGAAUAUUAUAAACCCUGCGUCUCACGUCGACUCACUCGCCGACUCCGGGGCGGGUCUUGGAAGUAGGGAAGGCACGGAUGAAAAGGACCAGCAAGCCCUCACUCGAGCCUGGGUAAACGAGAGAGGCACUGUUGGACUUUUACCGCCUCAAGAUGCACUUAUCUCACGCUGUAGCACCCGCAUCAGAGCCCAGAUUGAAAUGAUUGAACGCAUGACAGGCGAUAUGGACCCCAAGACCAAUUUCUCCCUAAUCAUCAUACAGACGGAUGUCGAACGCUGGAAGUUUCUCAUUCGUUCGUACCUUCGAGCGCGCCUCGCCAAAGUUGAUAAAUAUACCCUAUAUUAUCUAUCUUCGCCACAGCUCCAGACUCGUCUCUCAAAGAAUGAAAUGGCGUACGCCACGAGGCAUCAGCAACUACUACACAACCAUUACCUCAAUUGCUUCCUGGGUAGUUUUCCUGCGAACCUCCAGAAUCUAAAUGACGCUGUGGGGGGUAUAAGUAUGGUUGAAGGACCAGACGAAGAUAGUGGAGUCUUCGUUCGGGGCCUAGGGGGCAGGAAGGGAGAAGAUAGUGUGGUUGUCAUGGGGCGAGGGAGAGAUGCAGACGGAGAAGUUGAGGUUACCAGGGGUGAGGUUGUCGUGGCGAAAUGGUCUGAUGUGCGAGAAUUUAUUGAACGAGAGGAAAUGGAAUUGGUUUAG